AUGACGGGAGGAGAAGAAGAAGAAGAAGAAGAAGAAGAAGAAACAAAGGAGAAGGAGGAUGUUUUGGGAGAUUUCUUCGAAGAAGUGGCGAAAGCGGAGAAGGAAUGCGUUAAAGAAGAAGACGAAUUGGAGGAAAAGAGAGAACAGACGUUCGUGGACGACGACGGGACGACGUACGAUUGGAGCGAAGAAGAGAAAAGAUAUAAACCGAGGGAGAUGAACGAAGAAGGAAACGGAAACGGUGGUGCUGGUGAUGGGUUUGACGUGCGCGAGAUGACGUUCUGUCCCGAGGACGAUUCAAACGAGAAAGUUUUGCCUCCUCCUUCGUUUAAGAAAAGUUUUAACGAGAAGAAGAACAACACCAACAACACCAAGAGCGAGAGAAAGAAACCGGAGAUUGACAUCGAAGCGGUGAAACGAAAACGAGAGCAACAACAACAGAACAAGAGCAAGAAGCAGAAACAAACGAAGGCGAAUACUAAGACGAAUGCAACGACGUCGGUGUAUUGCGAAAACUUGCCUCGCGACGCGACGGUUGAACGCGUGGAGAAGUUUUUUAGCAAGUGCGGACAGAUUAAGCGAGACCCGGCGACGUUGAUGCCGAAAAUUAAACUGUACGAGGAGGAAGGGAAGAACGUGUUCAGUGGGAACGCGCUGGUGACGUAUUUGUUGAGGCCGAGCGUGGAGUUGGCGUUGACGGUUUUGGACGGCGCGAAGUUCGAGUUGGUCGGCGAGGAGGUGAAAGUGACCGAGGCGGAUUUUAGCAAGAGUAAAGGUAGAGGUGCCGGAGAAGAGAACGACGCGAACAAAAACGAGAGCAACGGCAACAUCGGCAACGUAAACGCAAAGAAAGGAACGACGAGCGCGAUAGAUAAAUACGCGCACGUUUCAAAAGAAGAGAUUCGUAAAAACGCGGCGCUUUUGAAACGCAAAGCGGAAAGGCAACUCGGAUGGGACGGAUUCGACGACGAGCACGACCCGACGAAAACCAUGGUCGUGCUUCGAAACAUCUACGACGAAAAUGAUUUAGAAGAAGCGAGGAAAGACGGUUUAAACGCGCAGACGUUUUCGGACGAGCUGAAAGAAGACGUCGCCGAGGAAUGCCGAGUAAAGUGCGGAAAAGUUGAAAACGCGUACGUCAACGCCAACGGCGUCGUAACCGUUCGAUUCAAAGAGCCGGAAGGUGCGGACGCGUGUUUACAGCUCAUGCACAAUCGAUGGUUCGGUGGGAAACAACUCAAAGCUGAAAUGUGGAACGGAGUCGAGAAGUUUAUUGGAUUGAAAAAUAUAGAAAAGAAAGAAACCGAAGAGGAAGAGAAUCGCCGUUUAGACGCGUACGCGGCGACGUUAGGUCAGGAUUCGGAUUCCGAGUAG